GUGCUUGGCCAGGCAGUUGAACGCACCAUUCUUCUCGGAGUUUUUGUACCGAUUUUUUUCUAUUUUUGGCGUUUGAGACUUGAGACUUUUGUCUGAAUAUUUCCCCAUAGUUUUAUUUUUUUUACAACACUCGUUGUGUCACGUCUACAGGAUUCAUCAUACAGUUAUAUAGAGCGUAGGUUACGCUUGAACCCAACAAAAGAAUAACGAAAAUUCUGUAGUAAAACUUUUUUAAUCAAAGUUGUCAACAAUUGAAACAAAAAGAUCUAAUAAUCAUGGUGGUAAAUGAUGAUCUGUGGUAUCAAGAUGAAAAGAACAAUUAUUGGGUUCUAUUUCCCAAUAAAUUUGCAUUGGAUGAAGAAGAAAUUAGAAAAAUAUUUUCCAAUUUUGGUACUGUAAGAGGUGUUAAUAAAGCUGGUGAUGAAAAAGGCCUUCGUUUUGUGAGAUACAAAACCCAAGAAGAAGCAGUGAACGCUGUGCGUGGUUUAGAAAAUCAUCCAACGAUACAUUUGAAACCAAACAAAAACAAACAUAAAGAAAAAAUUAAUGGAGGUUCAACAACUAAUACAAACAAUGAAGAGAGAAGUAAUUUUUUCCACAGGAAAAGUGAUAGAGCACAAAGAAAUGUAUUUGGUACUGAAAAUGAUAAUCAAUCAACUUGCAGUGGUUAUACUGUUAGCUCAAAGAUUCAUUGCAUGGAUAAUCAAUCUGUUAAGAACAAUUUUUCAAAUCUAUCAUCUAAAAGUUUUGAUAGUAAUGAGAAAAAUUUUUCAUUUCAAAAAACAAAUUUAACAGUGGCUAAUAACUCACAUCAUGUUUCUCAAUCUGUUACCAAUAUUGAGGACAUUAAUGAUGUUCCAGACUUGGUCGUACACAAAAAGACGGGCUUGAUACCUCAGAAAAAAUUUUUUCCAGCUGGAGAAAUAAUUGUUGGUAAUAUACCAAAGGGUUAUGGCAGUGCAUACAUGUUAGAUUUGUUUAAUCGAUGGGAGCCACUAGCAGUUACAGACACAUCAUUAGCAGGAAAUACUGAUAUUCGUUUUUGUCAUGUUUACUUUAAGAGUGAAGCUGAUACUAAAGAAAUUGAAAAGUGUUAUGAUAAUUAUGUUUUAAGUAACAAAAAGUUAGUUGUUCUUCGUCCAUCUCGGCUAAUGGAAAUAGCUCGCAACUAAUUCUUACAUUUAAUGUAUGUUAUAUAAAAUGUAAUUAUUUCAAAUAGACUUUUUAAUUGAGCUUUUAAAAUGUUCAUAAAAAUAAUUUUAUAAAUUCUUAGGUGACAAACUUUUCUAUUUUUAUAAAAUAUGGCUUUUUAUAUCCUUCAAUUGAAACAUCAUUAUGUAAAUUUAAUUUUUGUAUGUUACUAUUUUAGUUUAAAU